GCCCCUUUUCACCACAGCCAUGGGUAAGUCCUCCUCUAAGGAAGAAUGCCAUGGAGAUUUGGAGUCCAGCUUCACUUUAUAUUUCAAGAAGUUUAAGACAGAAAGCAAAAUCAUUCCCCAGGAAACCAUCGAUUCAAUUGAGUUACAACUGACAAAAGGAAACAUUCAGGGGGCAAACUCUGUAAUCAGUACUGCAUUAAAAAAUAUUGAUAACAUCCCAAUAAAUGUUGCUGUCACUGGAGAGUCUGGAGCAGGGAAGUCCAGUUUGAUCAAUGCCCUGAGAGGGGUAAGACCUGAAGACGAAGGUGCAGCUGGCAUUGGGGUGGUAGAGACAACUAUGAGGAGAUCUGCAUACAAACACCCCAAAAUUAAAACUUUGACUCUAUGGGACCUGCCUGGUGUUGGAACUAUGAACUUUCCACCGAAAGAUUAUCUGGAGAAAGUUAAUUUCCAAGAGUAUGAUUUUUUCAUUAUUGUUUCUGCCACACGUUUUACAAAACUUGAACUAGACCUUGCCAAAGCAAUUAAAUUCAUGAAAAAGAAUUACUACUUUGUAAGAACCAAGGUGGACGAUGAUUUACAAAAUGAGAAGAAAUCCAAAGCACGUACCUUUGACAGGGAAAAUAUCCUGUUGAAGAUCCGAAACUACUAUAUAGAUACCUUAAAGGAAAAUGGCUUGGACGCACCAGAGAUUUUCUUGAUUUCUAACAGCCAUUUAUCUGACUAUGAUUUUCCAGUCCUGAUGGACACACUGGUAAAGGCUCUUCCUGCUCAAAAGCGCCACAAUUUUAUGCUUUCCUUGCCUAAUAUCACAGAAGCAACGAUUGACAAAAAGCACAAGUCUCUGCAGCAGACUAUCUGGUUAGAAGCCUUCAAGACUGGACUCUUAGCUACUGUUCCUGUAGUGGGCAUCCUCAGGGAUGAUGUGGAGAAGGUGAAGGAGAAAUUAAACCACUACCGAGUCCUCUUUGGAGUAGAUGAUGCAUCCCUGGAAGCCAUUGCUAAGGAUUCGCAAGUGCCUGUUGAACAACUGAAAAAAAUCAUUAAAUCUCCUUAUUUGUUGGAAACUAAGAAAAGGGAAACAUUAGAAGAAAAACUUUUGAAAUAUUUGGAGAGAUUUGCCUCAGUUAAUGGUGGGCUCUUGGCUACAGGUCUCUACUUUAGGAAAACCUUUUACUUACAAUUUCUUCUCCUUGACACAGUGACUGAAGAUGCCAAAGUUGUCCUGAGAGAGACAUACUCAAAAAUUAGUUCAAACUCAUGUCAGCCACAGCUACUGACCAUGGAUAAGUGUUACUCUUUCCUCAUGUUCUUGAUAGGAUUUGUGGUUGUUUUUUUUGUUUUGUCUUAUCUUAGGCUUUGGGCAUGGGAUGAGGUAUAAUCUCCAAAUAAUUUUUUUAACAUUCAGAUUAUUUUAAUCUUAUUAUAUAAGAAUACAAAUACAUACUGUUUAAACAAAUGAGUUAAUUAUACAAUAGCCUGUUUAUUCAAUUACUCGUAAGGCUAGGGCUCCAACCCAGGCCUUGUAGAUGCUAGGCAAGCAUUUUAUCACUAAACUAUGCAUCUCACCUUGUGAAAGCUUUUAGAUUUAAGUAAGACAAUAGUCUGACUAUUCUGAAAUUCUGAAUUUAUAAUUUAAUUGCCGUAUUUGCCCGUCUAACAAAAAAAUGAUUGGAUGUUGAUUACAUAUUAUCAUAAUUUUGACAGGUAAUGUAAAUGAAAUAGGUUCUUCAAUGUUCAACAUAAUUGUAUGUAGCAAACCAAUAAUCACAUAUUUUUUAAGUCAUUAAUAGUAAGUCAGAAUUAAUUUGAAUUCCUUAAGGACAUUUGAAAUUCUUUAUUUAAAGCAUUUAUUUUAUUUAACUUACUGGUGCAUGUGGAGGCCAGAGGAGAACUUGCUUAGUCAGUUUUAUCCUUCCACCAUGAGGGUUCAGAGCAUCUAACUCAGUAAUGCAGGCUUGUUGGUCAGGACCUUUACCUGCUGAGGCAUCUCACAGCACUAGCCUAAGUGAGCCUGGACAGGGCAGUUAGCACAGCAGAGAGGCUCUGGCUCCUCAGAGGAUGCUGAGCUGACUGUGGACUGCACAGGACAAGCAAGACUGGGGAUACUUUUUUCUCAAGUGCAUACAAGAUAGAGGGAUAGAAAGCAGCCCCACAAUGGGAGACAGACAUUAGGUCUGCAGCCCCUCAGUAGUUCUAAUUUGCAUAUCUCUGAGGCCAGUGAUGUUACAUACUUUUUCAAAUGCUAAUUAGCCAUUUUUUAAUUUUUUGAGAAUUCUCUGUUCCAUUUCAUGGCACAUUUGUUAUUGGGUUGUUUGUUUUCCUAGUGUUUACUUUAAAAAUCUUUAUACAUUGUAGCUAAUUUUCUAUCAGAUUUAUAACUGGCAAAGUUUUCUCCCAUUCUUUAGUGUGUUUCUUCUUUGUCUGACAACUUUUUUAUUGAAUUUUAUUGAGCUCUACAUUUUUCUCUGUUCCCCUUCCUGCCUCUGCCGCCCCCCCCCUUCAACCCUCUACCAAGGUCCCUAUGCUCCCAAUUUCUGACAAUUUUUUAUACAAAAUAUUUUUGUUUUAUGAGUUCCCAAUUACUCAUUAUUGCCCUUAUUUACUGAGCUAUAAGAAUGUGAUCCAAAAAGUCCUUGCCUAUGCCUCUGUCUUAAGUGGACUCUAUGUUUUCUCCUAUAAAUUUGCAGUGUCUGGUUUUAUGUUGAGGUCCUUGGUCUAUUUGGGGUAGAUUUUUGUGCAGGGUGAGAUACAAGAAUCUAAUUUUGUUGUCCUACAUGUAACUGUCCAAUUUCCCAGCACUGCUUGUUGAAGAUACCCUUUUCUUCAAUUGAUUUUUCUUUUGUGAUUUUGUUGAAAAUCAGAUGGUUGUAGUUUAUGACCUUGUAGCUGGGUCCUUUACUCUGUAGCAUAGAUCUGAGUCUGUUUUUGUGCCAGUAUCAUGCUGUCUUUAUUUCUAUGGCUCUGUAGGGUAACUUGAAAACAGGCAUGGCAUAACCUCCAACAAUACACUUUUUACUCGUGAUUUUUUUGACUGUCAGGGGUGUCUUUACUUCCAUGUGAAUUUUACAAUGUUUUUCUAUUUAUGUGAAGAAAGGCAGGAGAGUUUUCAUUGGGAUUUCAUUGACUCUGUAGAUUUCUUACAAUAAAACAGCCAUUUUCACAAUAUUGCUUCUUCUAAUCUAC